AUGUCUACCGAGGGCAGGUCUGUCGACGAAAUUGUGAAGAAGAUGUAUGAUGGGGCUCUUGAAUCAGUUUCACAGCUUGAGCACCGGAUGGAAACCAUCGCAGAAAGACCGCCACUUGCUAUCCGGCCUGGAGUUUUCCUGCAUAAUAUGGACGCUAAGAACGCGAUAGAAACUACUUUAGAUUCAGUGCAAGCCAAGAAGGCUCGUUGCCAGAAGUUCCUAUGGAGGAAAAAGAAGAAGGAGGAAAAGGAGAAGCCUCCAAGUGUAAAAGACUUUCUGCGGGUCAAUCUUGUUGACCCUGAUGACCCUGACAAUCCUGACGGCUCAUCUCUUCAUAUUCUCGACUACCUUGCAAAAUAUGAAUGGAUCCAGCAAAAUUACUGGGCCACACGAAACGACAUGUCCCCAGAUGAAAUCCCAGAUUUCUCUAAGUUGGGGUUGAAACAAGGUCUUUUGCGUCCAUGGCAGAAGACUGGUGUAAUCAAGCUACUCAAAUCAUGCGAGUCUCCCCUUGGUGACAUGAUUUUGGCCGAUGCAACUGGCCUCAGGAAGUCCUUGACCGCACUCGUGGCAGCUCUCGAAAAGCGCAAGCAGGUGCUUCCUUACUGCGGACCUGUCCUCGUGGCAACCCGCCCAAGUUGCGCCCAUCAAUGGUUUGACGAGAUAGAGACCCAUUUCAGUGAGGAGAGCCAACCUAAAGCAACGAUCGUUGAUAGGCAUGAUGUAGAUAUCGACGUCCUGUUGGAACACGAUGUUCUUAUCUGCACUAGCAGCUUCCUCAAGGCUCGAUACCUUGACAGAAUCAAAUGA